AUUCUUGUUUUUUGGGGUUUUUCCCGCUUGUUCUACUUAAUAACACUGAAAGUUAAGUGUUUUAAGUCUUUUUAGUUUGUUGAGCUAUUUUUUGGACUGUUGCUUUAAUAAACUCUAUUUUGCUCUCUAAUUGGCAUCUGACUUUUGACAAUUAUCCUACUUUAACUGUCAUGGCUGCAUCUUGUAGAUUCCUGGGAUUUGCAGCUUGGUGGGGCAAUUUUCGACCUAUUUAUGUAAUGGAUUUUCUUAGUGGGUCUUUAGUGUUGUUUUCCAGAGAGUGCUGGUGCCUUUAUGGCAUUGAGUCAUGGAGGGUAAAUAAUAAAAAAAUUCCUUGCUUUUCCACCAGCUUAUCCAUAAAAGGUAAAGGAUUUCCCCUGACGUUAAGUCUAGUCGUGACCGACUGGGGGUUGGUGCUCAUCUACAUUUCUAAGCCGAAGAGCCGGCGUUGUCCGUAGACACCUCCAAGGUCAUGUGGCCGGCAUGACUGCAUGGAGUUUAUCCAUAUGAGCUCUCAAAAUGGGCAGAUUGUCUUAUUGUUUAUAAUACAAGAUGGACACAUACCUCAGCAUUUCUUGUCCCAGCAAACGGCCUUGCUGCUGAAUUUUAGAUUUCUUUUUCAGCUUCUACAAAACAUCCUAAAAAUGUUCUUAGCAAAAGCCCUCCUUGAAAGAAAAAUGAGGAAAGGGGACAGCACUGUAGCUCUUUCAUCUGAUUUUUUCCCCAAGUUUCUUCUCACCCAGAAACUCCUAUAUCCCUCUUUGUCUCAUAGUGAUGUCUGUUUCUGUCUUCCUUCCCAUGAUCAGGGUGGCCCAGUGGAAAUCCUUCCUUUCCUCUUCCUCGGCAGCGCUCAUCACGCCGCUAGGAGGGACAUGCUGGAUGCGUUGGGGAUUACAGCUUUGUUGAAUGUCUCGUCAGACUGCCCAAACCACUUUGAAGGACACUUUCAGUACAAAUGUAUUCCGGUGGAAGAUAACCACAAGACUGACAUCAGCUCCUGGUUCAUGGAAGCAAUUGAAUACAUUGAUUCUGUGAAGAUGUGCCAAGGCCGGGUUCUUGUGCACUGCCAAGCUGGCAUCUCCCGAUCGGCCACCAUCUGCUUAGCUUACCUGAUCAUGAAGAAGUGUGUGAAACUCGAGGAGGCCUUUGAGUUUGUCAAGCAACGCCGGAGCAUCAUCUCUCCCAACUUCAGCUUCAUGGGACAGCUUCUUCAGUUUGAGUCCCAGGUACUGGCUACUUCGUGUGCCGCUGAGGCUGCCAGCCCCUCGGGAACACUAAGAGAGAGAGGGAAGACCACUUCCACUCCGACUUCCCAGUUUGUCUUCAGCUUCCCUGUCUCCGUGACCAUGUGUUCAACUCCCGGCAGCCUUCCGUAUCUUCACAGCCCCAUCACCACCUCUCCCACUUGCUAGACUGGCCUCCAAGGGUUGCACCCUGGGAUAAGGAGCAAAAUCCUGCAAGCCUGUUGGCCACUAUUAAAGGCAAUAACAAAAUGACUCUGCCUAUCUUGCAGCCAGACAGAAUCUAUCCAAAGACAGAGCAAUAAUGGCUGCACUGCAGCUGGAAAUGAACCUUUGGGAGCUGGGGAGAUGGAGGGUCCAGAAUGCCUCCUCCGGGCAAGAUGUCUUACCUCAUUUUUAAUAUAUGUAUAAAUAAUAUAAAAAAUGUUGUGAAAUUUUAAUAGUUUUUUAGAAUUAGCUCUAUGUGUCAAUCUGUCUGUCCAUUGGGGUUAGGGAAUGAAAGAUAAUUGCCUUGUUGGAACUGGAGAAAGUUUUGAAAAUUGCCAAAGCAGUUGCAUGUCAUUAUGUUCUCCUGAGCCUGGGCGUGUGCAUAAGAGAACGGUAGGUUGUGCGUGUGUAAAUUGGGAUGUACUCCUAUGUCUGGAACGGUUGGUUGUCAACGCGUUGCUGACUGCAGCUUCAGCUGGAUUGGGGCCACUGUUUCCCAAAGUGCCUGGUUUUUGAUUUCUUGGUGGAUUGUGUUACAGAUUCUAAACUGCCACUUCCUCACUAUCCACCACCUGUAGUUCCACUGCACCCCAAUUCUUUUGGCUGGUGUAGACUCACCCUCACCACUGCUGUUCUUGAUUCUAUUAACAUCAGAAUUCAAAUGGGAUCUCUGAAACUUAGUGAGAAACACUGUAGGAAACUGUCAUAUCAAUCCAUCCUGGUUACUAGUUAAUUUUACUGACAUUAUUGCAGUAGUCACCUGCUAAAUAAAUUCCCUGCAAAUCAUCUUUCCCUCCAAAGCCAGAAAAACAUUGGUCUACAAUAUAAUAUUUAGUUCAUUAAUGUUGAAUUUUUCAAGCUAAUGGUUGACAGAAAAAAGAGAAGAAAACAAGGGCCAAAGGGUUCCUGAAAAUGGCACCUCAGUAUUUUGUUUUGCUUCUUUUACACAAAUGGAUAGCAAUCAAAUUGUUUCUGCCUCAAAUAGUUAGAGAGGCAGGCAUCCUUGCAUUGCCCAUGCAACUGUGCAGUAGUUCUCCUCCCUUAGUAGGCUGCUUGGCUGCAACACCAAAUAGAAAGAGAAGAAAGACUGCACUGUUGCUUGGCAACAGCUUAUCACCAGUGUUGCAAAAUACAGCAAACAGAAUAGAGGUGUAUCAAGCAGGAGCAGCCUCUGCUUCUCGUACUUUUGAGGCACAAUAGUUAAGCAAAGCACAUCUCCAUAUUCACUAGGCCAUAAUGCGUAUUAUUUUUUAUUUUAUAAAGAAAACAUAAUACAUCAAAAGUGAUGGAACAAUAUAAUGAUAGGAAAGUGAGUGGGGAGAUUGUGGGGUGAAGGAGUUCUGAAGAUAGGCAAGGAAAGAAAACAGAAGAAAGAAAAAAAAAGUAAAGAAAAGACAGUAAAAAAAACAAACAAACAACCAAAUUGGUUGGCUUCCCAUCUUGACUUCGGAGUUUUCUCUUUCGUUUACUACAUAUUUGUAUUUUCCCUUAGUCUCUUUUCCUUUAAACCAUUUUAUAUUAUAGAAAAGUCUAUUGUGAAAUCCAUUCUUUUUAUUAAGAAUUUUGUGAAUUUUGUCCAGUCUGUUUUAUUUUUGCUCUCUCUUAUUUUUUUGUGUUAGCUUAUCCAUUUGUAUAAUGUCCAAAAUUCUGAUUAACCAUUCCUCGGGAGUGGGAAGUUUUUUCCCUUUCCAGACUUUCGCUAUUGUCGCUGUGAUUAUGUAGAAAAAUAUUCUGUCUUCAUUUUUUUAAUUUUUAAUUUUUAAAGCUUAGUAAAAACAUUUCAGGAUCUAAUUUAAAUUUGAUUCCUAUGAUUUCCUGUGUUAUUUGAUGUAUUGUCUUCCAAAAUUCUUUUAAUUUCUCACAGGUCCACCACUGAUGAAAGAAUGUCCCAAUUUUUUCCCCACAUGCAACAAUGCAACUUUGUGGCACAUAUGGUCAUGUGUAUUUCACAUGUAUUUCCCCAAAUGUGCCACAAAGCUUCAUUGCUGCAUUAUGGCCUAGAGAACAUGGAUAUGUGCUUUGCUUAACUAUUGCGUCUCAAAAGUACGAGAAGUACUUUUUCCGCCCUUAAAGCACAUCAUUGCUCUGUAGUUUGUGCAAUCACCAUUCGAGCUUCAAACUGAUCCUAGGAUUUCAUGUGUAAUCAUCUGCAAAGUCAAACUGCUUUCUUCAAUACAGAUUUAAAACUGCAUUAAAUUGUCAUUGUAGAGGGAUCAACAAGUGCUGUUCAAUGGUGGAACAUGCUUCUUCUGAGCGUUGUGAAAUCUGCUUUUUAACAGGCUGGAUGGCCAUCUAUUGGAAUGCUUUGAUUGUGUGCUCCUGCAUGCCUGAGGGUUGGACUUGGUGGUCACUAACUCUGUGAUUAAAUAAGUUGUAUACAUUCAUAAAAUCUUAAUGCAAAUUUAUUUUCCUUCUUUCACAUUUUGGAGGGGAAAGUUGGUCUGAAACAAAUCUGACUUGAUAGACAGCUUUUGCCAAUCUGAUUGUUGUACCUGUAUGUUGACUGUUUUUCUUCUAAAUAUAUGAUCUCACUGA